CCGGUGGCCGUGGUAGACGGAGGUGCAGUGAGAACCCCGGCAGCAGCACGAUGGGUGACUCCAAAGUGAAAGUGGCAGUACGGGUCCGGCCAAUGAACCGAAGAGAAAUUGACUUACAUACCAAAUGUGUGGUGGAUGUUGAAGCAAACAAAGUUAUUCUGAAUCCUGUAAAUACAAAUCUUUCCAAAGGAGAUGCCCGGGGCCAGCCAAAGAUAUUUGCUUAUGAUCACUGUUUCUGGUCCAUGGAUGAAUCUGUCCAAGAGAAGUAUGCAGGUCAAGAUGAUGUUUUCAAAUGCCUUGGGGAGAACAUUCUUCAGAAUGCAUUUGAUGGCUACAACGCGUGUAUCUUUGCCUAUGGCCAGACAGGGUCUGGAAAGUCCUACACCAUGAUGGGCACUGCUGACCAGCCUGGAUUAAUCCCAAGGCUCUGCAGUGGACUCUUCGAACGAACACAGAAAGAGGAAAAUGAAGAACAGAGUUUUAAAGUUGAAGUGUCCUACAUGGAAAUUUAUAAUGAAAAAGUCCGAGACCUUCUUGACCCCAAAGGAAGCCGUCAAACGUUGAAAGUGAGAGAGCACAGUGUGUUGGGACCCUACGUGGAUGGACUUUCUAAACUGGCUGUCACCAGCUACAAGGACAUUGAGUCUCUGAUGUCUGAGGGCAAUAAGUCUCGGACAGUUGCUGCAACCAACAUGAAUGAAGAAAGUAGCCGUUCCCAUGCAGUCUUCAAAAUCACCCUGACACAUACUCUGUAUGAUGUGAAGUCUGGGACAUCUGGAGAGAAAGUGGGCAAGCUGAGCUUAGUGGAUUUAGCUGGCAGUGAACGAGCCACGAAAACUGGAGCUGCGGGCGACAGGCUGAAGGAGGGCAGCAACAUCAACAAGUCCCUCACAACCCUGGGUCUGGUUAUCUCUGCCCUAGCUGAUCAGGGUGCUGGCAAAAACAAAAAUAAAUUUGUUCCCUAUCGGGACUCAGUUCUCACAUGGCUGCUCAAGGACAGUCUGGGAGGUAAUAGCAAGACCGCCAUGGUGGCCACUGUGAGCCCAGCUGCUGAUAACUACGAUGAAACCCUGUCAACCCUGAGGUAUGCAGAUCGAGCAAAGCACAUUGUCAACCAUGCUGUGGUGAAUGAGGAUCCGAAUGCUCGGAUUAUCCGAGAUCUCCGGGAAGAGGUGGAGAAGCUCCGUGAGCAGCUGACCAAGGCAGAGGCAAUGAAAUCUCCAGAGCUGAAAGAUCGUCUGGAAGAAUCUGAGAAACUCAUACAGGAAAUGACUGUGACCUGGGAGGAGAAACUAAGGAAAACUGAGGAGAUUGCACAGGAGCGGCAGAAGCAGCUUGAGAGCCUUGGCAUAUCUCUUCAGACUUCUGGAAUCAAAGUUGGGGAUGACAAGUGCUUCCUGGUUAACUUGAAUGCUGACCCAGCUCUGAAUGAACUCCUGGUGUACUACUUAAAGAGGAGCUUCUCUUCCAGAAUGGUCAGCCCCAUUUGGGCCCAGUUUGAGGCAGUGCCAAGCUUACCCGAUGGCAAGACAAUAAUCAUGACAGGGCACAUUCAGAAGGGUUUUCAAUGUGGGUGGGGUUGGGAGAAGGAGGACAGACAGGGUUUCCCAGCUUGUACAGGAGAGCGCAGUGGACUCCAGCUGAACAGUGGGCAAGAAGCCUGUUUCAGUGUCAGAACAUUUGUCAACGGGUCUUCUGUCUCCAGCCCCAUCCAGCUGCACCAUGGGGACAGGAUACUGUGGGGAAACAACCAUUUCUUCAGACUCAAUCUGCCAAAAAAGAAAAAGAAGGCAGAGCGAGAGGACGAGGAGCGUGAGGCAUCCCUGAAAAACGACAGCAGUUCUGAGCAUCUGGAUGCGGACGGCGAUUCCUCCAGUGAGGUGUCUAGCGAGAUCAACUUCAACUUUGAGUAUGCACAGAUGGAGGUGACCAUGAAGGCUCUGGGCAGCAAUGACCCCAUGCAGUCCAUAUUGAGCAGCCUAGAACAGCAGCACGAGGAGGAGAAGCGGUCUGCUCUGGAGCGCCAGAGGCUCAUGUAUGAACAUGAACUGGAACAGCUCCGAAGAAGGCUGUCUCCCGAGAGGCAGAACUGCCGCGGUGUGGACCGGCUCUCUUUCCACUCACCCAGCGCCCAGCAGCGCUUGAAGCAGUGGGCUGAGGAGAGAGAAGCAACAUUGAAUAACAGCUUGAUGAGGCUGAGGGAGCAGAUUGUAAAGGCCAACCUGCUGGUACGGGAAGCUAGUUACAUCGCAGAAGAGCUGGAUAAAAGAACUGAGUAUAAAGUUACCCUCCAGAUUCCAGCCUCCAGUCUGGAUGCCAAUAGGAAGCGAGGCUCUCUCCUCAGUGAACCUGCCAUCCAGGUGAGAAGAAAAGGGAAAGGAAAGCAGAUUUGGUCUUUGGAAAAGCUGGAAAACAGGCUUUUGGAUAUGAGAGACCUCUACCAGGAAUGGAAGGAAUGUGAAGAAGACAGCCCGGUUAUCCGGUCCUACUUCAAGCGUGCUGACCCAUUCUAUGAUGAGCAGGAAAAUCAUAGUCUCAUCGGUGUGGCCAAUGUCUUCCUGGAGACCCUGUUUUAUGAUGUGAAGUUACAGUAUGCUGUGCCAAUCAUCAACCAGAAGGGAGAGGUGGCAGGCCGGCUGCAUGUGGAGGUGAUGCGACUCAGCGGGGCCAUUGGGGAGAGGAUUGCAGGAGGAGACGAUCCUACAGAGGGCAGCUCUGAAAAGGAAGCCCAGGAGAACAGGCUGGUCUGCAUGGUUAAAAUACUCCAAGCCACAGGGUUGCCGCAGCAUCUGUGCCACUUUGUCUUCUGCAAAUAUGACUUCUGGGAUCAGCAGGAGCCAGUGACUGUAGCCCCCGAAGUGGAUACAUCUUCGUCUCCCACCAGCAAGGAGCCACAGUGUAUGGUUGUGUUCGAUCAUUGCAGUGAGUUCAGUGUUAACAUCACAGAAGACUUCAUUGAAUAUCUCUCAGAAGGGGCCCUGGCUAUUGAAGUAUAUGGACAUAAAAUGAAUGAUCCCCGGAAAAACCCAGCCCUGUGGGAUUUGGGAAUCAUCCAAGCAAAAACAAGGAGUCUUCGGGACAGGUGGAGUGAAGUCACCAGAAAGUUGGAAUUUUGGGUUCAGAUAUUGGAACAGAAUGAGAAUGGUGAUUACUGUCCUGUAGAAGUAAUUGCUGCAAAAGAUGUCCCAACAGGAGGGAUCUUCCAGCUCCGACAGGGGCAGUCUCGGCGAGUUCAAGUUGAAGUGAAGUCUGUGCAGGAGUCAGGGACUUUGCCACUGAUGGAGGAGUGCAUAUUGUCAGUUGGCAUUGGGUGUGUCAAAGUUAGACCACUCAGGUCCCCUAAGAUCCAUGAGAACGUUCAUGAGGAAGAGGAGGACAUGGACAGCUACCAGGAUCGGGAUUUAGAGCGGCUUCGUAGAAAAUGGCUCAAUGCAUUAACCAAACGUCAAGAAUACUUGGAUCAACAACUGCAGAAGCUUGUCAGUAAACAUGACAAAACUGAGGAUGAUGCUGACCGAGAGGCACAGCUCCUGGAGAUGCGGCUGACGCUCACAGAGGAAAGAAAUGCGGUGAUGGUGCCCUCUGCUGGGAGUGGCAUUCCGGGGGCACCAGCAGAAUGGACCCCAGUACCUGGGAUGGAGACCCACAUUCCUGUUAUAUUUCUUGACUUAAAUGCGGAUGAUUUCAGCUCUCAGGAUAAUCUUGAUGACCCAGAAGCCGGAUGGGAUGCUACCCUGACUGGGGAAGAGGAGGAGGAGUUCUUUGAGCUGCAGAUUGUGAAACAACACGAUGGAGAGGUGAAGGCAGAGGCCUCCUGGGACUCUGCAGUGCACAGCUGUCCUCAGCUCAGUAAAGGUACACCUGCUGACGAACGAGUGUUCCUCAUUCUGCGAGUGACAGUCCAGCUCAGCCAUCCUGCCGACAUGCAGCUGGUCCUACGCAAGAGGAUUUGUGUCCAUGUUCAUGGGCGCCAGGGCUUUGCUCAAAGUCUUCUCAAAAAGAUGUCUCAUCGGAGCUCUAUUCCUGGCUGUGGAGUGACCUUUGAAAUUGUCUCCAAUAUUCCAGAGGAUGCCCAGGGAGUGGAGGAGCGAGAGGCAUUGGCAAGGAUGGCAGCUAAUGUGGAAAACCCAAGUUCUGCUGACUCUGAGGCUUAUAUUGAGAAGUACUUGAGGAGUGUACUGGCUGUGGAAAACCUCCUGACUUUAGAUCGUCUGCGUCAGGAAGUGGCAGUGAAGGAGCAGCUGACAGGGAAAGGGAAGCUGAACCGGAGGAGUAUUAGCUCUCCCAGCAUGAACAGAUUGUCAGGAAGCAGACAGGAGCUUAGCCCAUCCCACAGCCUAGGCAGCAACAAGGGCCGGUGGGAAAGUCAACAGGAUGUGUCCCAAACACUAGUUUCCAGAGGAAUAGGUCCAGGUUCUCCAGCUGUCUCUGUCUCACCCCAAAAUAACCAGUCUCCUGAUCCUGGACUGGGAGGCUUGGCAGCCUCUUACUUGAACCCAGUGAAGUCCCUGGUGCCACAGAUGCCAAAGCUGCUGAAGUCUCUCUUCCCUGUUCGGGAUGACAGAAGGGGCAGACACUCGUCUCCCCUUGCACACCAGCCCAUGCCCCGAGUCUUGGUGCAGCCUACCUUCUCAGAUGCCCAGGCAACAAGGACAGAGGAGCCCGUGCCCCGAAUCUUGGUGCAGCCUACCUUCUCAGAUGCCCAGGCAACAAGGACAGAGGAGGCUCGACAAGGCAGCCCUGGGCCUAGUGGGGCUUUGGAGUCCAUGGUGAAGAUGGUGGCCCCUGCAGUAAAGAUCUGUGACAAACCUGUCAAAGUGUCUUCUUCUCUAUCUACCAUGGUGGUUACUCAGCCCCAAGAAGGGCAGGAUGGACCUCCAAGCCCCUUGAGCGAAGCUUCCAGUGGCUACUUCUCUCACAGCGUCUCCACUGCCACCCUGUCAGAAACGCUCACCUUAGGCCUGGACACCACAGGCCUUGGCAGCCAGACACCUGGAUCCCCCCUUGCCCCAUGUCAGGUCACCCCAGAGCCUGAGCUGGCUUUCCUCUCCUGCACGCAGAGCCAUCCUCCUGUCCCAGAGGAGCCCCAUGUAGCACCUGCAACUCCUACUCAAAGCACAGAGCUGGAGGUUCCCAGACCACCUCUUCUUUCUGAGCCCACAUCUGCUGUGCCCACAUCCCCAUUCAGAAUCCGGAAAGUACGGACCUCAGAGCUUAAGUCCUUCACAGGCAUGCUGGGGGGUGCCUCCUCCGGAGCAGAGGAUGACCUACUGGCUUCAGAAGACCCUAGCAAUGCUAGGGGACAGACUCUGGGGAGGCUAGAAGUGACAUCUGACUCUGAGGAUGCCAGUGAAGUCCCUGAGUGGCUCAGAGAGGGAGAGUAUGUUGUCGUGGGUACCAACAAGACGGGCAUUGUAAGGUAUAUUGGACCAACUGAUUUCCAGGAGGGAACAUGGAUUGGUGUGGAGCUGGACCUGCCUGCAGGAAAGAAUGAUGGCUCCAUUGGUGGGAAACAGUAUUUCAGGUGCAACCCUGGCUAUGGGCUACUGGUGAGACCAGGCCGGGUCCACAGGGCUGCAGGCACUGGGCGCAGGCGCAGUUCAGGGCUCCAGCCUCAGGGAGCCCCAGAGUCCCGCAGGAGUGCUACCAUCUCAGGCUCUGCCACCAACCUGGCUUCACUGACAGCUGCAUUGGCUAAGGGAGACAGGAGCUACAAGAAUCCUGAGAACCGGAAGUCCUGGGCCAGCUAGGAUGCAUCUCCCUUGUGAACACUAACGGGAAGGGGGAGACCUGGUUCCUCCAUGGGAGCAGGGCCAUGAAUGCUUUUUGCACGACACGACGCAGGGAUGAUGGACAGUCUGGUUCCCUGCCCUCUCUGGGAAUCUGGAAGCUGGACUUUCUUCCUCUACUUGGCAGUGGCAAAGGUUCCUCGGCUGUGCUCCCUGGUUAGGGUUGGAAGGUUCCAGGAGCCCAGAGACUCAUGGGAUGGUAGCUGGGUGGCAGGGCUGGAGCCAGCCCAGCUCCUCCUUGCCUGCUUGAGGAUGUGUGUGUGGGGGGAGGGGGUUCCCAGCCAGAUGUGUUGGGCUCCCCUUUCCUUAUCCUGCUGACUUCACUAAUGUCUUAAUUUAAGCAAUGAUCCUAACUAGUGUCUUGCCCUCAUGGACAGGACUUCUACCUGGGCCCAGCAAGCACACCAGUCGAUUAUCAGCCUCUGCUAACCCACCCCUCGUCCUUCUGCAUGCCUCACAGGGUUUCUAGGAGGCAUCUUUCUGGUGUCCCAGUGUCCUUGCACUCAGAAAGUCUUUUCUGCUGGCCAUUCAUUUCCUAACAGGAUGCUUGAACUAUAUUUAUUUAAUUUAUUUUUCCAAAAGUUAAAAUAUUUCACAAACCACAAUCGCUGUCUGUCCUAACAUGCGUGCCCAGGGCCCACCUUGUGCUUACUGGCCUCUGGCUGGCCAGAGCUGCAGCCUCUAUCUUGGAUAGUGGUUGCUGGAAGUAGCAGCCAGCAAAUGAAGCCAGCCACCCUUGUGUUGCUUGAUUGCAGACACACCAUGGCUUUACUGUCACUGGAGGGAAGGCAGACCCAGGGGCUUGACAUGGAUCAAGCCUUCAAUACCUUGUCUGGAUCUGCCAGGCUUCAGAGAACUGGAGACUGUUUUGACUCUGACGAUUCCUAAGCCCUGCCUGCACCCGGGGCCAGCAGCUAGGCAGGUAGUUAGUGAGUGCAGAGCUGUUUCCAGUUCCGUCUUUGGAUCUGUGCUGUGGUCGUGGUGUAUCCCAGGGCAUUACCAAUCACCUGUUCCCUGAGCCGUGUGUGGCCUGAGUCCCAUGGUGUUGGUGGAGAGCUCGGUGGGCAGGUCAGAGUCACCCAGUCCCUGUUGUUCCGGCCCUGACCCACCUUCCAUCUCAGGGUGUCAUUACACAGGUGUCCUUGGCAGUUUGUUGUAAGUUUGACUCUCAGACUCUUGAGGAACCACAGCUAGCAAGUAUUGGUAGAGGAAUUGGUUCUGUGAGGACACCAGGUGGCUUCUCAGAACACCUCAGCCUCCUCUGGCCAUCGUGGCCUCUCUGCUAGUAUUGCUGACACUGAGUCUGGACCAUGUGCAUUGUCUGAAUAGCCAAGUAUAAACUUCACUACUGUCUGCUUGCCUAGACCUUCACCAGAGGCUUCUUAGAGUGAUAGGAAGAUGGGGGAGAGAGGGAGCGACUCUUCCUGUCACAGGCACAGACUCUGCCUGCACUCCAGCCUGGGAGUUGAGUGUUAUUCUGCUCCUCCCCACGAUCUACCAAGAGAGACCUGCCUCUGUUCCAUUCUUGAACAGCACAGAUGUCUGGAGCUGCCAGCUAUAGGCAGGCACCAAUUAGAUAACUCCUCUUCCUCAGUUGGCAUUUUGGGGAUACCCACCAGGUGAGUUAGCACUGCCAAUCCUGCCUGGCCCACUCUCAUGGAAGCACACACCACUUUUGAUUGUGUGCCAGUUAGAGUUUUUUUCCUUUCAGCGUACACAAUGUCCCCUAGAGAGCAGUCAUCAUUCCCCAAAGGGACCAGAGUACCCUCCUCUAGGAUGGCCAUGCAGUGGGUGCUAGGGAGAGAAGUCCCUGUAGGUGUUAAAGCCAGUGGUGUUAAUGCUGUGGGAAGGGACAUUGUGGUCACCUGUCCCUUGGAUGGCGUAAAACAGGAUGUAAAGGUUACUAUUGACUUCAUCUUGUUAUCCAGAGUUCUCAGGAGCACUGAAAGUCCUGAGGGAUCUCAUUUGGCCAGCUGUUAUCCCGUGGUUCUGGGACCAUCUUCUCUCCCCAGCCUCCGCUUUCCUCCCUGCUCCUUGGACCUGAGGUUCCCCACCCUUUCUACUCCCAGGUGGCCUAAGAAUUGCCCCUGCCUCUGAAAAGUAGUACUAUUUCCACAGAGCCUUGCAGGAUACUCUUCAUGUGAAGUGCUCCAGCUUCAUAGGCAAUUGGCCAAAGCACAUAGCAUCCUCCAGGAUGGCUGUGCCCAUGGCCUCCAGUGGUUGGGGCUGGGGCCCAGCUUUGGGUGUGUUCUGUAAGCGCAGUCUACCUGCACAGAAGGCUCUGUUCCCACACACCUUGGUGCUCAAUGUGGAUGGAUCUUCGGGGGUCUCAUGGCACACAUGGCAAGUGUGUUAGAAGUUUGUCCUCAUGGGUGUUAUGAGCUGGUCCUGACCCUGUGUGCUUGUCUGCCAUGAGCGCAGGGAAGUGACCUUGGGAAAGCUGGCACUUUGGGGUGGGUCUGAAGAGAUGGGGCUCAAGUGCAUGUGGGCCUUCAGGGAUUGCUGUGCCAGUACUGCACUAUGACCUUCAUGUCCCCUGUGGGCUGGAUGAAGACCAUGAGCUGUGUUCUUCCUGGGCCCUCAUGCUAGAUGAGGCCAGACAGGCCAGCUGCAGCCUCAGCCCUCUACUUCCUGCCUUUUGGAGCAGACUAACACUAACUUGAGCUGGAAGUGAUGUAUAGGGGUCAUGGUUGUUAAAAUGUCUGGUAGUAGGGGGUAGGUGGUGGGUGUGCGGUUGUGUCCCAGGUGCCCUGGUCUAAGGGACAGAGGGCCAGUGUUUCUGGGCUGUGUUUAGUGACAUGGCCUGAGGAGUUGCAGAGGUAUAGAUGGUGUUUCCAUGGUUCCAGUUUUCUUCACAUAUCAUGCCUUAGAGGUUCUGUGUGGGAAGCAGGAGAGUGGCUCAUGUAGCAUUCACUUGUCUGUCCAAGCUGCCUUUGCUACACGUUGCCCAUGAAGGGUGACCUGAAGCUUCUAGUGCCUCAAGGCCCAGGCCAAUUCAGGUCAGAGACCAUAGGGCCAUCUCUAGUGCCUUCCCUGGGACCAGUGUCUAGUGCUUCCAGUCCCAGACACUUCCCAAACCAUCUCUUAGUCUAUACGGUGCCUUCCUGUUGUGCUAUGAACUCAUGCUAUGUUGGGAAAGUUGGGAAAAGCACGGGUGUAUGGAUUGUGUAAAUAUGAGCACACAUGUGAUGUUGAUUACAGGAUUACAGUGAUUUGGUGCAUGUUAAAUGGGAAUUAAAAAUCCAAAGACCCUGUAAUGAAUAGUAAAGAUGAUUUAUGUUGUAUGAGGAAUCAGACUAUUGUAAUUUUGUACCAUACAUGCCUUUCCAUCAAGUGACCAACAGCUUCUAAAUAAAUCCAGGUGACUUCUUGCUUA